AGAAGGGUGAAUGGAGGCCCGUUGGUGAAGGGUAUAUAACCUGCACGGAGACCCUGCUUGGGCAUCACACACACCCUCACUUCUAAGCCAUCAUGAAGUUCGCAGUCGUCUUCUUCGCCCUCUUCGCCCUCACCAUGGCCGGCGACAUCGAGCUCGACCUUGAUGAUAUCCACCAUGACCUCAACAUCGAGGGAGCCAACGCUCAGGGUACAUACAGCUGGACCUCCCCCGAAGGCGUCCAGUACUUCGUCAAGUACGUCGCUGACGACGACGGCUACCGCAUCGUCGAGUCCAACGCCGUCCCCGCCUCCGCUGACGGCACCGCUGCUGACGGCCACCAGGGAUCCUUCGUGUCCCUCGAGGAUGUUGACUACGACGACGACAGGAAGUAAGGAGGAGGAUUCGAGGAUUCCAACGACGUCUGACUGAUCGAUGUCUUCCCGUCUUGUGAAACGAUACACUAGUUUUGCUUAUGAUUUGUCUUUUAGAUUUUAUUUUUCGUUUCUCUCGUUCUCUUCUCUCUCUCUUAUCUCUUCUCUUCUUCACAUGAACAUUUAAUCUCCUUUCUUCACAUACUCGUAACGAACACGCCGAAUACCCGUGUUUUAUUCCUUGUUAUCUAGUAGAGUAAGAAAUCUCCACACAACCGUGAACAUCUGAACAUCGUGUUGACUAUCUGUCUUUUGUUUCGAGAGUGUCUUGAGGAUUCAACGCCUCUCCAAAAGGGAUUCGAUCCUGAUUAUUUAUUUUUUGGUGAAACGAUGCUUGUUGAAGCAGGGAGCGUGAUGAUAAAACUUUAUUUUUUUUCUUUCUUGGCUGAUCUACUUCAGCUGUUUAUGUAUCCACCUGUCGCUAUUUAUUUCAUUGUAAAUAAAAUCAUCUGUUGA